AUGGGGAGAGGAAGGGUGCAAUUGAAGAGAAUUGAGAACAAGAUCAAUAGGCAAGUGACAUUUUCAAAGAGAAGAUGUGGUUUACUCAAGAAAGCUCAUGAGAUCUCUGUGCUUUGUGAUGCUGAAGUUGCUCUUAUUGUCUUCUCCAACAAAGGAAAACUCUAUGAAUAUUCAAGCGACCCCUGUAUGGAAAGAAUUCUAGAACGAUAUGAAAGGUAUUCAUAUGCGGAGAGGCAACUUGUUCCAAAUGAUCAGCCACAAAAUGAAAAUUGGAUUAUAGAACAUGCAAAGUUGAAGGCAAGGUUGGAAGUCAUACAGAAGAAUCAAAGGAAUUUUAUGGGUGAAGAACUUGAUGGCUUAAGUAUGAAAGACCUUCAGAAUUUGGAGCAUCAGCUUGAUUCAGCUCUCAAACAGAUUAGAUCAAGGAAGAACCAAGUUGUGUAUGAAUCCAUUUCAGAGCUUCAAAAAAAGGAUAAAGCCCUUCAAGAAAAAAACAACCUGCUCACAAAAAAGAUAAAGGAGAAAGAGAAGGCACUAGCCCAACUUGAGCUACAGAAUGAUGAUAUGGAACUAGCCUCUGCUGCACUUGUACCUCAAUCAUUGGAGACAUUUAAUAUUGGAUGCUCCCCUCAAGAUAGAGGUGAUGAUGAAGGAAGCCAAGCUAGAGCUAAUGCCCUUCUUCCACCAUGGAUGCUUCGUCCUAUAAAUGACUAG